UUGCUGCGAUUUUGAAAAAGAGAUUUAAAUAUUCUACUUUAUGGCCAUAAAAGUUCGAAGUCUUUAUAACGUGAAGGAUGAAAGAACCGACGUAGUUCUGGGACGUUGAAUGAGACCAGCGGGGCCCGUGAUUGGCUGUGUGUGGGUUUUUCAAAUGAGGUUUUCUAGGCCCUGAAGGAAUAACUUCCCAAGUCCAGAUGCCUUUGAGGUGUAUUUCGGCAUCCAAACCCUGUUGUUGAGUAAAUAUAAGGGAUAUCUUAUUGAGAUCUGAGAUCUUGAUAAUCUUAUUGGAGAGUUGGGGACCAUUCCAUCUGGCUUUCUAUACACCUGGAGUAACUUCUAUAGAACGGACAGAAUCAUGCUCUAGACACGGCUGACGGUGGCCAUGGCGUGCUGUGGGUACGCCUCAGGGUGGGCUAAACUUUCCCUGGGGUGUCUGGCGCUGGCCUCUCUUUUCCAAGUUGUGGCCUGGUCCACGCCUUCCUGGAUGAUCGGUGCCAGUGGGGGCACUGCCACCAGGGUGGGGCUGUGGAAGACGCGCGUCUGCACGAGCGUUUGUGUGGAAUCCUCGGUAGAUAUCUCAUACAAGAACGACGCUUUCCGUACAACCCAGGCAAUGGAGACGAUCGCCUUCAUCCUGUUACUGCUGAUGCCGAUACUGGCGGGGGUAUACGUCAUGUCCGAUCGCUUUAGGACUCGCACCAUAGCGUCCUGGUGUAUGACGGGAUGUUUCGUCACAGCCGCGUUCAUGCUGAUGGGAAUGAUAGCCUGGCUUGUAUACGUCACCGACCCCUGGGCUGUGUCUUAUUCUUUCGGUUUCAGUAUAAUCGCGCUCGUUCUGGUCGCCAUAUCAGGCAUCCUGCUUAUCCCGGAUGUGGACGAGAACAAUUCCUAUAGAAUUUGCGCAGACUGUACUACUUCCGGACCAUCUGAUCGAACCAAAACGCGAUCAGUGUCCCCGGAUAUGAGUACAGGAAGAUCCUUGUCCCGGAACGACCGAACCACUCCAAUGAAUUCCCGGUCCGAGUACGACCAGAUGCCGCGCCCGAUGUUGACACCAGUGGAGAAGACCGGAAGUGCGAACCGGAACUUGAGACCAGCCACUUUUAACAACAUAUCGGCCGUGACUCUUCAAAGAGACCGCGCUGGUUACUAAAUUGGGGACACGU